GAACUUAUAUGCAUACAACAUAUUUGAAUCUUUCAGUACAUACAUACACACCGAAAUUUUUACGAUAUUCUCCAAGUGUGUACUGUUUUCUUUUACUCGGAAUGUAACUAAGUAGUAAGCUAUAUAGUAUACGGCAAAAAUGUGUUUUCGCGAAAACAGUGAAAAAACUUAUUGUAAAUCGAAGAAAAAGUAGCUACUUGAGGAGCGUUCAGAAAAGUUCACAUUUUUAAAUUUUUUAAGACACUUUUUUCAGUGCGCGGUGUUGAAAGUAAACCAAUCAAUGAGUUAGCGAGAGUAACUUGAAUCUUGCGUUAAUGAGAUCCUUCCAACAUGGCGUAUCACAACUCAAACGGAGGCAAUAAUGCGGUUGGUGGUAGUCUAUGCGGCAUUGCCGGUGAAGUAGGUUCCAAUGAAUAUUCCGACGACGAACGUGACUCCCGAAGUGGUGAAGAGCGCGCCAAUAGUGACGCUCAUGACAAGCCUAUAUAUCUCCUCGAACAUUUAGCCACCUUCACGGUGAAUAAGGAGUCCGGAAUCAUUUACCCAGCUGAUGGCAUGCGGCGACUACUACAGUUGGAAAAAACUACUGGCAUUUGGUCACAGAAAAUGCAAUUAUGCUUGGACUACCAAUGGGUGCUUAUAAUGGACUAUGAAACUGGGAAUAUAAUUGAACGGUUUCCAGCGGCUCUUAUACAGGAACCUACAGCAUUUACAUCCACAGAUGCCAUGGAAUUAUACAACAAUAUUUUAGUAUUCAUCGUCACCGGUGGGAGUGGUUCCCGUUCAGAAAUGCAUAUAUUCCAGUCACAAAACGUAUCCGCUGUGCAUUUGGUUGAAGAUUUGAAAACUCUGAGAAGUGGGAAAAUGGUAACACAACAGCGAGAGGACAUACUGCAACAGCACCAUCAGCUAGGCCAAAAAGGCGGCAGUGGAACUCCAACCAGUGGUAUGCCUAAGCCAUUACCCGCUUCUUCGAUCCGCGAGCAGCAGGUGCAGCAACUCCAUAACCACCACAGCGGCGGUAUAAUUACGCCAUCACGCAACAGCAUAGAUCAAUAUGGCUUACAUGUUCGCAACCCAAUGACAGAAACAAGUGGAGGGGGCGGUGGCGGGAAUGGCGAAACUGAUUCGGAACAGGGGGCGUUGAACGACGAAACCAGCUCGACGUCCAGUGAUAAAUAUGAGCGUGAUGUAACCGUUUUGAACCAUUGCUUUGAUGAUAUUGAAAAGUUCAUAGCACGCCUGCAGCAUGCGGCUGCAGCUUCCCGUGAGCUUGAGCGUCGGCGACGUAACCGCAAAACAAAGAAAAAAGAUCCGGGCGAGGGGCUGCUAACACUCCGUACUCGACCACCUCACGAAAAAGAAUUUAUCGAUAUAUUCGCCAAAUUCAAGCUGUCGUUUAACUUGCUGGCCAAGUUGAAAGCACACAUUCAUGAUCCGAAUGCACCCGAGCUAGUUCAUUUCUUAUUCACACCAUUGGCACUUAUCGUGGAAGCGUCAAGUGAUACUUAUUAUGAGUCCCAGUUGCCAACACGCGUAGUUAAUCCUCUGCUUACACGUGAAGCCAUAAAUCUCUUAAUUAACUGUGUCACGAGCAAAGAAACCGAGCUAUGGCGUUCCCUUGGCGACGCCUGGAUAAUACCACGAGACCAGUGGAAAAACGACGUCGGCUCAUACCAUCCGGUAUUCAUGGAUGGAUGGUCUCCAGAUUUUUUGGUUAUCGACGAAUUGGAAACACCUAGUACGCCAACAAACAUCAGUAAGCGUCGACUGGAAUCCCAAGCGAAUUUGCAUGCUCCUCAUGGCGGGCAUAGUGGUGUGAAUGGACGCUUGGAAGGUGUCAGUAACAAUUUGAGCGGCGCAUCGUUACAUAUCGCACAGCCCGAUGAGUACGAAACAAAUGCACCUAGUGAGAAAUAUGCUGGCAAUUACGAGCGUGGUGGCGAUCGGCUGGCUGCAGCCUGCGGUAUAGGCAGUGCUGCCGAGGGUGUGCCCGGGGAUUUCAGCACCCGUAGCGAAAUUUCAGUUGAUUCGAUUGAGCGAAACGUCCCAGGCCCACACGGUUUACCAGUGAACAAUAAUAACGCCCCAGGCAUUCAAGAAAUCGCAAUCGGUAUGCAACAAUUGCACACAAGGGACAGCAGAAGCAACGUAGGCGUUCGCAAUAUGAACGUAGUUUCCGAACUUUCUGGUCGAGAAAACAAUACCAAUGAUGAGCAAAUGCUCGAGGCCUGGCUAGAGGAUUUGCAAGCAGCUGGUGCGAAAAUUGUCCUAGUCACAUAUCCACGUACAGCUAACAACGAUAAAGAACUUAGUGUCGUUCGUGGUGAAUACUUGGAGAUCUUAGAUGACACCCGAAAAUGGUGGAAAGCGCGCAAUAUACGAGGCCAGGUAGCUCAUGUGCCACAUACAAUUGUUACUCCAUUUAACUACGGUGACGAAUCUAAUAGCAAUCAGUUCUACGGACAACAGGUUCAGCCGCAUCAGCAAGGAAGCAGUUAUGCACCACUAAGGCCUGCGGUAAACACAAUUCUCAGCAAUAACAUCGAAACGCACCGAUCCCAGGACACUACUGACUGGAUUCGUAACAAGCAUCUGGGUAAGAAAGGAGAGUUCAGAUAUUUUUAAUAUGCUGCAUCGCAAACGCAUACGUAAGGCGCGAUAUUUAGUAUGUUUGACGUUUGCAGCAAUGACGUCGUUUAUAUAUUUUUUUAGGUAAAUUUAAAAAAUGUAUUUAAAAAAACUGUUGAGCUCAAUUGAGUUAAUAUGUAACAAAGCAUAUUGCCACUAGACACGAUUAAAGACGCGAGUUCAAAAGGUGACCGCGAAAAAAGACACGUAAAAACCUUCGGCGGAUGUAACAGUAUACAAAUUGACCAAAGAGUUUUUGGGGAAUGAUGCUGAAGUGACAGUCCUUGGCCAGAUAUGAAUCUCCGUUUAACCGUCUUUCUUCGUCGAAGUUUUUUUGUGCGUCUUUUUUUUCGGAAAUUCUUUUCACGCGGUCUUUUUCGCCGUCAAAACACUCGCACGUCUUUAUUCGUAUCUGGUUAUGAUAUAUAGUUCUGUUCAAUAACAAGAUUAGCCAUCAACAGCCAGCAGUUAAAACCGAGACCACAAUGAAAAAUAUCUCUCUAAAAUACACAAAAAAUGGUAAUAAACAGAAAACAGCAAAGCAGCUGAAUUCGCUUAUGAUUUGUGAUACAAUCGAAAAUUCUGCCACGGCUGUUUUGCACGCUAUGUUCUUAGCUACAAGAUCAACGUGUGCAAAGUCAAUCUGUGUAAAGCGCCGCUGUCGGUGUAAUCCUCCUGGCUCCGGUUAUACUGAUCUGUGGGUCUGCUCCUAGUAAAGAGCCACUUUUUUAUUCAAACUCGGCCCCACCUCCGCGGUCCAGUUAGCGAGCGAUGCUGUUGUCCGGAAUUUGGGGGUUUUCAUUUCCAUUACGCCCUGGUAAAUAAUAGGAUGAGGGUUUACGUUAAUGACUUAAAAUUUUAUUUCUAGCGACGCGAUAUGUGUGAAGUGCAUACACAAAAUUUUCGCCAAAAUUUUUAUUAGCGCGUAAGUCUAUAUUUAAUGUUAUUGAUGACUUUAGCAAAUAACAAAAAUCGAUAUAAACUAAGAAGAAUUACUAAUUAUAAUACAACCAAGUAACUCACGAUUUGUUGUAUUUUUAGUAAUAUGUACACAUAUGUAACACAUAACAAAUACAUAAAUACAUAGAUAUGGUGCCGUGCAAUAAACCCAUAGAAAAUAACGCCAUAUGGCUUUGUUUCAAUUCACGUUGAGAAAUAAGGCUACAUGACAUGAUUUCCAAUAGGGCAAGUAAAAUAAAGCCAUAACCAAAAAUUUUACGUAUGGGAAAUAAGGUCAUACGAUCUUAUUUCCAUACAAAAAGUAAACAUUUUUGCUAUUGAUGAUAUACAUAUAUGACGUUUUCUUUUAAAUCAUUAAUACUGUGUCUCCAUUGUGAGAUUUAGAUAUUGGGAUUUAAUAAAUCUCUCAUUUAAAUCUACACCAUCCCCAUUUAGCUAUUGGGAUUUAAUAAAUCUCUUAUUUAAAUCUACACCAUCCCCAUUUCUAUGUUGAGAUUUAUGUGACGUUUAUUCUUUUUAAUAUUUAAACAUUUGCUUACAUUGCUCCUUAAAGCCCUUUAUGGAAUAUAAAUUCAAUUUAAAACGUAAAACAAUUCAAUCUAAAAUACAAACAAAUGUAUCUGGCGGUUGUUGUGAGAAGGAAAAUGUAAAUCAAAUAUU